CUUCCUGGUUGUGAAACAUGGCGGGUUUGUGGAUUCUGGUUGUCAGCGUGGUGAUGACGGCCUGGACGAUACAGCUUAUAACAGGUACUACCUGCCAAGGCGGAAGGUUUGGAGACACCUGCAGCUACUCCUGCCACUGUUCUCCGCCCUGUAACCAGGCAACUGGAGUCUGCAACGGUGCCUGUGAUCCUGGAUGGCUUGGUGGGAAUGGGCAAACCUGUCAGAGAGGGAACGUUGCCUACAGCAAGACAGCAACUUCGUCCCCAACUGACUAUGCAGAUAAAGGCUGGACUGCAGACAAAGUUGUGGAUGGGAACCGGGACCAGGAUGUGAACCACAACUCCUGUUUUCACUCUGCUUUUAAGAACUCUACAGCUGUGUGGACAGUGGACCUUGGCCAGCAGUACAGGAUACACGACGUCAGGAUAUACAACCGGGUAGGAUAUCCUCAUUUGGUCAGGACUGCUGUCCUCUCCCUGAGUAACUGCAGCAGCUCUACACCCGGCGUCACCUGCUACACAUUCCCCUCUGACACAGCUGAAACAGACAACAGCGUGUACGACGUGACGUGUGACGGCACAGGGAGAUACUUCACCAUCACACACAGCAUGAAGCUAAUUCUGUGUGAAGUGGAGAUUUAUGUUUGUUCAAAUGGCAACUACGGACGGCAAUGCAGCAACUCCUGCAUUGAAAGAAGAUGUGCCGGAGACUCGCAAUGUGAUCACGUAAGAGGGACCUGUAUUUCCGGAUGUGAGGCAGGAUGGAUUGGUGAAGAUUGUAGACAAGCAUGCUCAAUUGGAAGCUAUGGACAGAACUGCAGCAACUCUUGUACUGACAGGAGGUGUACAGGAGACUCGCCAUGUGAUCACAUAAGAGGGACAUGUGUUUCUGGGUGUGAGCCAGGGUGGAUGGGUGAAGACUGCAGAGAGGCCUGUUCAAGUGGAAGUUAUGGACAGAACUGCAGCAAAACUUGUACUGAUAGACAGUGUGCAGGAGACUCGCCAUGUGAUCACGUACGAGGGACAUGUGUUUCCGGGUGUGAGCCAGGGUCGAUGGGUGAAGACUGCAGAGAAGAAGAAUGUAACGGAUGUAAUGCUAGCCAGUUGGUUGUUGCCGUGACAGUGACAUUCGUGGCUGGUGUUGCAUUAGGUGUCAUCGUCGGUGUUGAUGUCUGGAGGAGAAGGAACAGACGCCUACACAAGACAUCUGAACUGCACCCAGCCAAUGUAUCAAACGCUCAAACUGAAAGAUCACAGGCCAGUGAUGACGUUGGCUCAGAAACGAGGACAUACGACAGUCUCAAUGCCGCCUCAUAUGACGCCAAGAUUAAAGGAGAGACAUACUGCACCAUUAAAUCUGGCAAAACAGAUUUAGGAACUGAUGCCACUGUUCUGACAUGUGACGUGUCCGACUCUAUUGGAGCACGGACGUACGAGCCUCUUGACAACACGUCACGUGGAACGGAUGGGGAAUACAGUGAGAUCAGGAAACUUUAGUGACUUUCUAGUGACAAACUUACGGAUUAUGUAGACUUAUAUAUUGGUAUUUGUACGUAUACUCCCAAAAGGUGCCCAUUAACCCUAAGAUUUAUUUCUAUGUUUUGGGGUUUAAAAUUGUAAUAAAUAAAUUCUUUAUUUACGUAUUUCUGUAACCUCAGGUCUAUGGACGCACAGACAUUACACAUACACAAUUUCAAUGUCAAUUAUGUUAGUUCAAUGAGAGCUUUGUUAGCAUUAGGCUCAUGUUUGAUACAUUUUAUGCACAUGACGACGAUAAUAUCAUAGCAAACUCAAUUACGGUUUCUUUCACUAUAGUUAAUAUAUCAUACAAGUAACUUUGGCCGACACUUAAUGCAUUGAACGAGGUUGUAUGUUUACAUGUACAUCGGGAAAGUAAAAAACCAUCGCACUGAUAUUCAACUUUUGAAACCUGAAGCUGGCUGAUAUUUCCUGUACAAGUAGGUUUCAAAGCAUUUAACGAUGAA